AUGCGACUUGUGGCGCUGGCGGUAGUAUGCCUAUGUGCUUGCGUGCAUGCAGCCAAUGUCACUGUCGACUGGACUGUGGGUUGGGUCAAUGAUGUGAAUCCGGAUGGCCUCUUCACACGACGUGCUGUCGGUAUUAAUGGGCAGUUCCCGCCGCCCAUUAUGAAUGUGAACUCCGAUGACGCUGUUACUAUCCACUUUCACAACGGGUUUGGUGAUGGCCGCGGAAGUUCGUUGCAUUCACAUGGCCUGUUUUUCAAUCGCACAGUGUGGUAUGAUGGUGCAGCGUCCCUGACGCAAUGCCCUGUUCCGGAUGGUCAGUCCUUCACGCAAGAGAUCUUGAACUCGCCCCAGAGCCCGGUGGACCGUCAGAAGCAAUGGGGUACGUACUGGAUCCAUGGCCAUUACGGUGGGCAAUACGUCGAUGGUUUCCGCUUGCCCAACAUUAUCCACAAUGCCGAUGGCGAAGUGCACAAAUACGAUGAUGAUUAUACAGUCGUACUGGCAGACUGGUACCAUCGUGAGCAUGACGAUUUGCUCGUUAAUGAGUUUAUGAACCCCAAAAACCCAGGCGGUGUAGAGCCCGUACCGGAUGCGGCUCUAAUGUACAUCGCUCAUACACCGAUGAAUGGUGCUGCUUCGUAUUUACCGGGCUUUAAUGAGAAUGCCACGCUACCUGUUGAGCCAGGUAAGACGUAUCGUAUCCGACUGAUCAACAUGUCAGCGCUCUCCAUGUUCCAUUUCUGGAUCGAGGGCCACGACAUGCGUGUGAUUGAGGCAGAUGGAGAGGAUAUGCAGGAACUGCCUGUUGACUCUAUUUCCCUUUCAGCAGCACAGCGCUACUCUGUCCUUGUUACGGCACGCAACGACACUGCCAACAACUGGCUGAUGCAUGCAAAUAUGGACCCCGAUAUGUUUGAUAAUGUGCCCGACACGCUGCAGAUGAACGUGACUAGUACGGUGUCGUAUCGAGAAGGAGCGCCGAUGGGCGCUGGGAAAGCCGAGCUGGAGACGUACGAGAUGUUUGACGAUACGAAGCUUGUGCCAUUUGUACCGAUGGAAAUGUCUAUGCCGGACAUGUCGCAUGACUUGAACGUGUUCUUCACGACGUACAGUGACGGAAAGAACUAUGCCUCGUUUAACAAUGUCACAUUUGUGGCACCCAUCACACCUUCGAUUCUCACGAUCAAGUCUGAACCGGUAUCGCUCCUCUCUGAUGCUCGUGUGUACGGACCGUCCUCCGGUGCACUCGUCUUACCCCACAUGAAGAUGAUUGAAUUUAACGUAUACAACUGGGAUGCAGGGAAUCAUCCCUUCCAUAUGCAUGGACAUAAGUUCCAGGUCGUGCACAAGAGUAUGGAUGUCACGUCCAAUGAUCCUGAGAUUAAUCCGCCAUUUGUUGAAGGGGAGAACAAAAAUCCUUUGCGCCGCGACACUGUUAUGAUUCCUGGUGGUGGCAGCGCGAAGAUCCGAUUCUUUGUCGACAACCCAGGGGCUUGGUUCUUCCACUGUCACGUCGACUGGCACUUGACAUCUGGCCUGGGGCUGAUUGCAAUUGCCGCCCCAGAGGUGAUGGCGAAGGAAAUGACAGUGCCCUCUACGGUGUAUGAGCACUGCCAAAUGCAGGGUAUAUCUACCACCGGCAACGCAGGCGGUAUUGCGAAUUCCACGACGAACUUUGGGGCUCUUCCUGCGCCGCCAAAGCUGCUAGUUACCGGCUGGACAGAUACCAUGAUUGGUACGUUUGUGGCAUGCAUUAUCAGUGCAAUUAUUGGUCUCGUAACCAUUUGCUGGUAUGGCUUCUCCACAGCAGGCGAAGAAGAGGACGAGGACGAGGAUGAGAAAGAUGCUGAGAGUAUGCCUAGCACGACAGAAGCCGAGCCGAUCUCUGAGAAAGGCACGCCGUCGGAGCAGGAGGUGGCAUCCCUUUCUCCUCAGACCUCGGUGCAAGAGCCCAUGCCCUACAUGGCAUCGGUAGAGACAGGUCCGUCGGGCGUACGUACGGGGGUGCCCUCGUCCUAA